AUGGCCCCCUUUCAACCAGGCAGAGCUCCUCAGUGCAUGGGAGAUUAUAUUGGCAUCAGACUUCGGGAAAAUGAAUUUGACCCAAAAGGAAGAAGGCAACUCACCUUUCUAGAUGAUAUGGCACACUAUGAUUUGGCCAUCAAUGUCGCUUUGCAAUGGCUGGAUCACUCAGAAGACUUAACUUGGCUCGAGUGGGGAAAAGUGAAAAUGCCAUUUCAUGACAGACCUGUAUAUCCAAACCGGAAAGAAAGAGAAGCAAUGAUUUUAUCAUCUUAUGCUGGAAUCCUAAUGAACAGUAUCCCGAUUGAGGAAGUCUUUAAAAUGUACGGAGCUGAUUCUUCUACCAAUUCUAGGGCUACAAAGGUUCCCCAAGCUCCACCUCUCCGCCUCUCCCUGCAUCCCUUUGCCAUGUUAACAGCGCCCCACGCAGCAGAAUACGCCCGCAAACAGAGUCACUUAGAAACUUGGAACUGCACCAUGGAAGUUCAUAAUAAAGCCUCUGGGAGAGGAAAAGAAACAUCCUAA